UGCAGUCAUUAUACCCAUUCAGACACGUUAUACCCGCGAGAUUGGAGAAACGGGAGGUGGAUCUCAUCGCGUCUAGCUUUGACGUAAACUAAGUGGAGCGUGUAACAACCGUAAAGAAGAUAAACAAAAGACCGCGUCUCCUCGGGUCGCAGCUCAUUUUCAUACGCGCCCGCCUCGGCGAAACAGCGGGAUCCUGCUCCGAAGACGAAAAAAACUUACGUGUACCUAUAAUAUUCGUAUAUCUGCAGUUUUGCUAAGGCAAAAUGCGAUUCCAAGUCGCGAGUUUGCAGUGGGUUUCGUUAUUGGUGAUUAAUUUAAUUAGUCACGGAUUCACAGCUGACCAAAAGAAGCAGGAUUUCACAAAAACACUGCCUCGUCCGAACUCGCUGAUGGAUAAAAUGAUGAAGAAAUAUUCUUACCCGAAAAGCGAAGUGACUGCGGGCGUUGGAUACGGACAUCAUCUACAUCCGCUCUACUAUCAGGGAGAGAAGGAAAUGAUGUAUCCUUGUGCCGUCGAGUGCGGUGAAUGGGAGGCAAUGGACUCUGGAGAGAGCAUAAACGAGGCCAGCAGUAACGUUGACAUGGUGACGACGCACCCGGACGUAUCCGCAAUCGAUAUCACGACCCCAAAAUCCCGAGCUUAUAAGGACAUAUCGUAUUUGCGUCCUAAGAAGUACAAUUCGGCUUCAUCGUCAGCCGCGUCUUCAGCAACGGAUUCCGCCUCUUCGAGGCCGGAUAUAUACAACGAUUUUGGUAUCCACGACUCGAAGGGCGCAGGUAUACAAAUACUUCCGCAGAAAGUAAACAGCGGAUAUAACGGAGGCGAUGCUGAGGAUACGAAGAUCCCGAAUGACGGCUCGCUCUACGAGAGAUAUCGCGACAGCCUGUUGAGCAGGUUCAACAGCGGAUUGCCGGAUAUCGGUAACGAGGGGUCCAAGGAGAACGAGCAGUACUACAACCCCAUGGCGGAAAGCAUGGGGUAUAACCCACCCUCCUUCGAUGACGCCGAUGACGAGGAUGUCCGAGCGGGUCGAACUUAUCGGCCGAAAGACCACAACGAUUUCCAUCCGAAACGAGAAAUGAUCGAGGAGAAGUACGUGAAGCAUGACGUCAGGGAAGAACGUCUGGAGGAUGUCAGGACGAACAGCUUCGGGGUUCCCGGCGGAGGCGAAGACUACUCGACGGACUCAAAUCCUGGACUCUGGAAGCCAACGAAGUACGUUGAUGAUUAUGCCGCGCCGCAAACCCACAAAGGGAACCUGGAACAGGAAAGAAAACGGCAUCCGUAUCGCGGCGGGUAUCUACGAUCGAAUUAUUUGAAUUACGGGACCAAUCGCAAACCGAUUUACGGCCACAAACAGACGCAGAAAAAGAAUCCGACCGUCGGCCGAAGGCCUUCGAGUUACGGAAGAUACAGGAAGUACCCGUUGGCCUCUUCGACAGGCCGAUCUCUUGGAUCAGGCCCGCAAAAAACGUAUCACGAUUCUUAUCAGAGGCGGCCGAAUUCCUACCAUCCCUACAGUUCUAUACCCGUUUAUUCUGCUCGUGGGCGUUUCGGGUCUGGAGGUAUUCAAGUUGUCCAACCACCUCAGAGACUGCCUACGUAUUUGAAACAGCAGAAGAGAUACCCCGAUCAUAAAGUUAAAGGAUUUUCCAAUUCGCCGUACACCGUGGGACACAGGAUCACGUACAAAAGACAUAUACCGCAGGAAAAUGGCUUCACAAAGAUCAUAAAGCGGUAUAAAUCCGUCGUUAAUCAUAUGCCAAAGAAGUACGUCGUUUCUGGCGAACCGUAUCAAGGACGUUGAGUCCAGAAUUCUUGAUUUCGAUUCCUUUAAUUUGAACACAGACUGCAGUAACUUGCUGCUUUCAUUGAAGUUAAAGAAUACUUAAUACUAUUGAUUCUAGGGUGCGAUUCGGUCCUGGAGGCCGGAGAGCGAAAGGGCUCGGAAGAUCGGCGAGUCACUUGUAUUAAUUAACGUUGUUGUUAGAGAUGGCGUUUAGCCAUAU